AUGUCUUCCUUACGACUCAUACCGCAAUUAUUAGAGAGAAACCAGGAAUAUGCUAAAUCGCACACACCGCUACCUCUCAUCACUGAAUUUCCGCCUGGAACACGAGGGCCGAAAACAGUAAUAUGCACGUUUUCCGCAGUAUCAAUCAUCAAAUUCUCAACUGACAACGCUCCAGUCUCAUGCUGUGAUGGACGCGUAGACCCCGAAGCCGUUCUAGGAUUGAAGCCAGGCGGUAUGUACACCAUUGUCAUUGCAUGUUUUCCAACAUCUAAAGACUCACUGUCGUUCGAUUCAGAAGCUAUCGUGCUUAGAAAUGCUGGCUGCAAUGUGCCUCAAAACCUUGAAGAUCUUCUCCUGCUUGAUCAUGUUCGUGGUGGUGUUGAAGAAGUACUUGUUCUUGAACAUACCGACUGUGGGGUAACAUACGCGACCGACGAAGAAAUCCGCGAGAGUUUGAAGAAGCUAGUGCCAAGCCACUCUAAGGAUAUUGACGCGUUCGAAUUUGGUACUUUCAAGAAGUAA